CCGUGGGGUUUGAGGGGCGGCGGGCCCGGGGUGCCUUCCCGGCCGGACUUCGGCGCCGGCCCCUCACCCCUGAGAAGGCCGGUCCGCUGAGGAGGAGCGGGGCUUUUUUUUCCAUCGCCGCCGCCACCCUCUGUGCCUUUGGAGCUCUCCCGGGAUUCCCCACAUUUCCCUAGGGUCGGGAGCCCGAGGGGCGCGCUCGGCUGACCGGCUCCUGCUCUUCAGCCUGUGCCACGAGCGGCAGCCGAGACCUCGUCAGACGUGACGGGCUGGGCCCGGCAACCCGCGGGCGGGACCGCCUCCCGUAGCCCCAAAUGCCCGGGCGGGAAGAGAGCCGUGAGGGUGUCUGCCUGGCGAGUGCGGCCAGAACACCGGUCACUUGUCUGUGCGCACGUUGCAAGGACCGUGUGUGAGUCUGGGAUAAUUUGACCUCCUGAGAUUCUGUCUUAGCAAGAAGAAAGUGGAACAUACUCUUGGAAAGAAAACUAAGACAUUAAGAAAGCCAGAACUUGUUUUUACAUGGUUGUCCACUCAGUUACCAAUAUGGACGGUUUUCCCACCAUUUUUCCUCCUGGUGGAGACAGUGAAUUGAGACAUUCUCAAGCUGAGUUCCAAAAAAUGUUAAUUGAUGAACGAUUACGAUGUGAACAUCAUAAAAAUAAUUAUCAGACUCUGAAAACUGAACACGCAAGGUUGCAAAAUGAGUAUGUAAAUUCACAGAAUGAACUCAAGCGCCUAUUAAAGGAAAAGCAAACUCACCAGGAAAAGUUUCAGCUGCUGCUUGAAGAGGUACGAGGAGAAUUAGUAGCGAAAACUAAAGACUUAGAAGAGAUGAAGCUGCAGGUAUUAACUCCACAAAAGUUGGAAUUGUUACGAGCCCAAAUACAACAAGAGCUGGAAACUCCAAUGAGAGAACGUUUUAGGAAUCUAGAUGAAGAAGUGGAAAAGUAUAGAGCUGAAUAUAAUAAGCUUCGCUAUGAACAUACAUUUCUCAAAUCAGAAUUUGAACACCAGAAAGAAGAAUUUGCACGUAUUUUAGAAGAAAAAGAAAUAAAACACAAAUCAGAGAUUGCAAGAUUGGAGGAAGAUAAAGAGCUCCUUAACCAGUUGCACAGUGUCGAUCCCACAAGAGAGGGCAAACGAGUGGACCAGCUUGUUCGAGAAAAAACCCAUUUGAAUCAGAAAUUAAAAAGUUUAGAAGCUGAAGUAGCAGAAUUAAGAGCUGAAAAAGAGAAUUCUAGUGCUCAGGUGGAAAAUGCCCAAAGAAUUCAGGUGCGGCAGUUGGCUGAGAUGCAGGCUACAGUCAGAUCCCUGGAGGCUGAAAAACAGUCAGCUAAACUACAGGCUGAACGCUUGGAAAAAGAGCUACAAUCAAGCAAUGAACAAAACACUACGUUAAUUAGUAAAUUGCAUAAAGCUGAACGGGAAGUAAAUACAUUGGCCAAUAAAGUAAAGGAGCUUAAGCAUUCAAACAAACUAGAAAUAACAGACAUCAAACUGGAGGCAGCAAGAGCUAAGAGUGAGCUAGAAAGAGAAAGGAGUAAAAUUCAAAGUGAACUGGAUGGAUUACAGUCAGACAAUGAAAUUCUCAAAUCAGCUGUUGAACACCAUAAAGUGCUGUUAGUAGAAAAGGACCGUGAAUUAAUACGUAAAGUACAAGCUGCCAAAGAAGAAGGUUAUCAAAAACUUGUGGAAUUACAAGAUGAAAAGCUAGAACUUGAGAGCAGAUUAGCGGAUUUAGAGAAAAUGAAAGUGGAACAUGAUGUCUGGAGGCAGUCUGAAAAGGAUCAGUGUGAAGAGAAAUUGCGAUCUUCACAGAUGGCAGAAGAGUCGGCCAGAAGGGAACUACAGAGUAUUAGGUUAAAACUUCAACAACAAAUUGUAGAUAUUGAAAAUACAGAAAAAGAAAAACAAGAAAAUGCUGACCUGAAACAGCAAAUCAGUGGUUUGCAGAUCCAAGUGACCUCACUGGCAAAGUCAGAAAAUGAGUUGCUGAAUUCAAACCAAAUAUUGAAGGAAAUGGUGGAGAGGUUAAAACAGGAAUGCCGAAAUUUAAGAAGCCAAGCUGAAAAAGCACAACUAGAAGUUGAAAAGGUAUUGGAAGAGAAGCAAAUACAGUGGUUGGAAGAAAAGCAUAAGCUUCAUGAACAUAUCACUGACAGAGAAGAAAAGUAUAAUCAAGCUAAAGAGAAAUUGCAGCGAGCGGCAAUUGCCCAAAAAAAGAGAAAAUCUCUGCAUGAAAACAAACUGAAGAGACUUCAGGAAAAGGUAGAAAUCUUAGAGGCAAAGAGAGAAGAAUUGGAAACAGAAAAUCAGGUGUUAAAUAGACAAAAUGUUCCAUUUGAAGAGUAUACAAGGCUUCAAAAAAGACUAAAGGAUAUACAGAGAAGACAUAAUGAAUUUCGAAGUUUAAUUUUGGUUCCUAAUAUACCUCCAUCAGCAUCCAUCAAUCCUGUUAGUCUUCAGUCAUCAACUUUGAUUCCAGGCAUGGAACUGUCCUUUCCUCCUCACAUGCAGGAGGAACAGCAUCAAAGGGAACUCUCUCUACUUCGCAAAAGACUAGAAGAACUUGAAACAACACAAAGGAAACAACUAGAGGAACUUGGAUCUCCUGGGGAAUGAUUUGCUUGGAGAAAAGGCAAAUCAAAAGGGAUGAAAUCAGUGACUCAAUAAAGCUUGAAGUUUUAAUGUAUGUGGCAUUUUAGAUACUUCAUUACUGUUUGCCAAAACACUUGACUGUGCCUCAAGAAAAGGUACUAGCUACGUGCUGUGUUGCAUGAAUAUCAGGAUUUUAAGGUUAUAGGAAUGAUAAGUGAAGCCCUAAGACAGCUUCAGAGAUAUUUAGAAUAUUAUUGACAACCCUUUGAGAAUGUUAAAUAAAUGAACAAAUAAAAAGGAACUAAAUAGGGAAUCAAGUUUUUCAAUUAUUAAUUUUACUUUGUUGAAUUUUUUUUUUGGGGGGGUGCCAUUUUGCCUAAAUAUGACUUUGUUGAAUUCCCUCUUCUUUGAGGUGCUUAGCAAUCACAUGGUCAGAAAUGUUUUCUGGUUUACUAUAUGUAAAAGUUACAAACCUCUACUUCUUGAAAAAAGAUGACAAUUUAAAGUCAGCAUAAAACUUAAGAUAUCUAUAUAUAUUACACAAUACUACCUUUUCUAAAAGCUGUGUGCACAUAAUUUAUGAAAAGCUUAAUAAAUAUUUUUCUAGUUA